ACUUGCUCAGUGUGUUACUUCUUUCAGAACGAUUCGUUUGCCGAGUUCGAAUACCUCGCGGUGGCACAAAAAAACCCAUCCACAAAUUGUGUUAACCAUUUAGCAUUCAUUUAUUUAUGGUUUCAGUGGUCAGUCCCGUCGCUGCAGUUGGUGGCGUGAGUGUGGUAGUGAUUGCUAGUGUGCUUUAAAUCGUCUGGAUGACAUACGAAAGCCGAGCAGUUGUGCUGUGAAUGUUUGCGCUUGUUCGGUAGUGGAAUGAAGUGGUGAUAAUACUGCGGGGAAACGGUUCCGCACAACGGUUGGGCAUUACUCCAGCAGUGCGCAGAAAACGGCAUCGACGGCAGCAAGCAGUGGUCCCUCCAGGGCGGCAACCAAUCGACCAAUCGAGCGGAAGGACUCAUCGACCGGCUCCAACAUGAGUCACUGUGAUAACAACUGGAAUGUAAAAAUCUACAUCGUGACCUGGAACGUCAGUACAAAGUUCCCGGAAAACAUCUCCCUCAACAAGCUGCUUGGGCUGGAGAACCGGCCCGAACAGGACUCGCAUCUGCCGGACUUUUUUGUGAUCGGACUUCAGGAAGUGAAUGCGCAGCCUCAGAACACCCUGUACAACCUGUUCAAGGAUGAUCUGUGGACGCAAAAGUUCAAGGAGGUGCUGAAGGAGCGCGACUACGUUGUGAUCAAGACGGAGCAGAUGCAGGGUUUGCUGCUGUCGGUGUUCGCCCGCCGGAAACAUCUGCUCCAUCUGCGACAGGUGGAGACGGAGUACACCCGGACGGGACUGGGUGGUAUAUGGGGUAACAAGGGCGCGGUAAGCAUACGCAUGAACGUGUACGGCAGCUCGAUCUGUCUGGUGAACGCACACCUUGCCGCACACGAUCACAUGCUGGAGGAGCGCAUCAACGACUACGAGCGGAUCGUGCAGGAGCAGAAGUUCCACGUGAAGGCAAAGGAAACCAUCUUCGAUCAUGACUACGUGUUCUGGUUUGGCGAUCUAAACUUCCGACUAACGGGCGAAGCGACCACGUCCGCCGACGAGAUCCGUGCGAUGGUGGCACGGGACGAGCUGAAGCAGCUGAUCGAGAAGGACCAGCUGCUGCUAGUGCGACGGGAGGGGCGUGCGUUCGCCCAGCUCCAGGAACGGCUGCCACAGUUCCCGCCAACGUUCAAGUUCGAGCACGGUAGCAACGAGUACGAUAUGAAACGAAGACCUGCCUGGACCGAUCGGAUACUGUACGCGGUGAACGAGAACAACUAUCGCAACGUGCGCCUCACCGCCGAACAAACGUCCUACAAGAGCCAUCCCAGCUACAGUAUUAGCGAUCACAAACCGGUCACUAGUGAAUUCACGCUCAAGGUGAAUCGAAAGCCACAGUACAGUGGGGAACACUUCCGGAAGCAGCAUAACAACCGGCUCAGCUACAAGCUGGCCAUGGCUAACAAUACGGACGUGCAUUCGUUCGACGAUCUCGUAACGGAUCUGAUUGAUUACGGGCAGGUGUACGAGGACACGACCGAGCGCACCGUCAGCUUCAAGCCGAUCGAGCUGUGGCUGGUUGGCGAACCGAACACGAUCGAGUACGUCAUCCCGAACGGGUUCGAGGAGGGCAACGCCGACUGGAUCGGAAUAUAUCGGGAGAACUUUACUAGUCUGAGCGAGUACCUGGCGUACGAGUACACGGAAACGUACAAGGACAAGCAGCACCAGCUGAACGAGCAGCAGCUGCAGCACAUGCAGAACACGCGCACGGUGCAGCUGACGUUCUCGGAGAACGUGAGCCUGCCGCUCGGGACGCGCUACCAGCUGCUCUACUUCCAGAGCACCGGUACGCGCGGUGUGACCGGGCUGGUCGGCAUCAGUCCCGCGUUCGCCGUCGAGAAGCGGUGCCCAUCGCCCUCGUUUGAUGAGAUCGAUUGAUCGCGACCGAAGCGGUACUAGGCUGGGCGGCGGCUGGUACUGCCAGCCAGCCCUUAGCCCGGUUUCGUCGGCGCACAGCGCACUUAUACCGCCAGAACAAGCAAACCCCGGCACCCCGGUUUGAUUAGCGUUUCCCCGCACAUACAAGGGAUGCCGAUAACCGUCGCGGGUGGUUUUAGAAAGUACUGUUAGAUUACACUGUGACACUUGGCAAACUUGAAUGCCAAAACAAAAACAAAAAACCCUUUUUCUUCCAAUCCAAUCAAACAGCCACUGAAAACGACGAAAUGUGCGUGCGUGUGAUAAUUGCUAAGUCACAGUCAAGCUAGAGCGGUAGGCAGGCAGGCAGGCAGGCAAAAAAUUCACUUCCAUGGAGUUGGUGCAGCAGUACGCGUGUUGAAGUGUUUGUACCGCACCGCAUCGCACCGGUUUUUUGGAGGGUCGAGAAGCGUAGAAGAUAACGGGCGCAAAUACUGCAUAUUGAGGUGAGGCCUUAUUGCAUUAGCUUAGCUAGAGAGUAACAAAAAAAAACAAAAUCUAUCGAUACGAAAACGCAAGCAGAGCACAGGUUACUACACUUCACCCUGCAAUCUUGUUUAGUUUUUCUUCCCUUUUGUCCCGAACGGAUACGUACCGUACCGAAGGGCUUUGAGAUAACGUUCCAAAUCUAUAAAGCAACCCCGGUGCCGGUGAGUUAAGAUACCGGACAGUACUUUAUUCGUAACGACCACCAUCCGCUAUUCCGGUCAGCAACUAAAACCCCGGUUCACACCCGCCUCACGUGGUCCAUCCGUUUUGCUUGCGCGGUCAAGUGUUUUUAGUGGUCUAGUGGUGGAAAUCCCUGGGCAGUUCUUACCUAUCACUUACAGCCACCGUCAGAUGGAGAUUGUUAUGUUUGUAUGUGUUUUACUUUUUUUAUUUUAUUUUUGGAUUGUUUUAUUGUAAUUUUAAGCUCGUUUUAAAACCUCCAAACACCACUCUCUGUUGUGCACCAUUGGAGACACAAAACAGACGACACGGAGAUAAAGAGAUAGAGAGAGAGAGAGAAACACACAAACGUUAGUACACAUAUUCAAAACAAAAGCCAAUCAUGGACUAGAGCUAGUGCCGCGUUGCUUUCAGAAAAUAGUUAUAAAUACUUAGCGAACAAAACAGUAGUCGUCUCCCGGUUCCUUUCGUUUUUCGGGAGGACGAACAUUUGGGCAAUAUUUAGCAUUAGCACGAGCAAUUAGAGCCAUCGAAUGCCGCCAAUUGGUGCGGUCUAUACUGGACGUAGUAGCACCGGCAGCAGCAGCGAUCCCUCAACUCCCUAUACCCGUUGGUAGUUUUGUUGUUGAAGACGAUUUAAAUCGCCGGAACUUGACAUCCCCCAGACCCGUUAGUCUUCGUCUUAAUUACAAAUAAAAGUAAACCGAGAAUUACUUCACUGCUGAA